UGCGCAUGCGCCAGGGCUCUACACGUGAAGCAAACAGCAUGGCUGAAAACACAGAACUUGCGAUAGACCGGGCUCAGGUAAAAAAGGCCGUCCAAGCCUUACAAGCAUUCCUGAAAACCAAAUCCAGCUCCGACAUCCUGCUUCUGAAUGAGACUCAACAUAUCACCUUGCUGUUCACGCUGUGGAAGGUCCCCAAACAGCCCCAGACCAUCCGCAUGUGACCCACUGCCCAUGGACAACGAUCUGACACAGAAGAGGUCUGCUUGUUUACCAAAGACGAGCCCAACAUGACCUCUGAACAAACCCAGAGGUUUUACAAAAAACUGUUGGAAGAAAGGGGAGUCAAAAACGUCACUGAGAUCAUCCCAUUCAAGGUGCUGAAGACAGAGUACAAACCAUAUGAAGCCAAACGUCGCCUUUUGGCAAACUAUGACUUGUUUCUCUCUGAUGACCGUAUCCGCCGCUUGCUGCCCUCACACCUCGGAAGACACUUCUAUGAGAGGAAGAAAGAGCCAUUGUCUGUGAACCUGCAGAGCAAACAUCUGGCCAGAGACAUUGAGAAAGUGAUCCAGGGCACGAGCAUGAAGAUCUCCAAUAGGGGAUGCUGCUGCAUGGCUCGUGUUGCCCACUCUGACAUGACUGCUGAUGAAGUGACAGACAACAUCGAAGCGGCCAUCCAAACAUUUGUGGCUAAACUUCGUGCAAAAGGUCCAAUGAUAAAGCUUAUCCAUUUGAAGAGUCAGACAUCAGUGGCUCUGCCUAUCUACACUUCAGACAUGAGCACUCUCACUGUGUUGGAGGAGGCACUAAAGAGCUCCAAGACCCCCAAGGAUAAGAAAGUUGCAGCUAAAAAGCGGGGAAAGAAGAACAAGUCACAGGACAUAAAGCAAAAAGACACCAUUACAGAGAAGAAACAGGUGAAGGGAAAGAAAGAAGCAGAGAAACGAGAAAAAGAGGAUGAUGAUGAUGAAAUUCCACAGCUCGUUCCCAUAGAAACCCCGAGCAAAAAGCCCAAACUGGAGAAAACACCCAAAAAGAAGCAGCUGGAGAAAGCACCCAAGCCUGCUGUUGUUAAGAAAGGAACAAAAGGUCCAAACAAGCUUACCAAGAAAGCUGGCAAGACUGGAAAAGAAGGAAAAACAAAAGUGCCUAAAGUUAAAUAAUUUCAGCUGUACAUUUCUUAAUCAAUAUGGACUCACCCAUUCUACAGGACCAGAUUGGUCAAUGUAUUUUGUCUGUUUUGUCCUUGUUCAAAAUAAGAUCAUAAACUAUCUUAAUCUGAAGUGAUUUUUGCUUGUGUUGUGCUUUGUUACAGAGAGUAAAGUGUUAUGAUGGCCCUCAUGGGCUAUUCCCAGGCAGUAGACUGAGUAUUUUACAAGUGGUAUCGGUCCUCAGCAUCUGGCUUGAUUUUGACAGUUUAUUUACGUACCAAAAUAUAAUCUUGUAGUACUUGGUAGUCUUUGUCUACUUAGUCUUUUCUUAUUUACCCACUCAGCUCUCAUUUUCUUCACUGUUCCAAUUAUUUCUUUGUAUUGUGGCCAAUAUCAGAUUCCAACGUGAAUUACUCACUAAUCCACAUGCA